AUGGGCGACACCAACGGCUCUCUCAAGGGCCCAAAGAGUGCCAAGGGCAUGAACGGAAUCGCAAAUGGCAUCAAGCCGGCGACAAAUGGCCACGCCGUCACUCCCCGCAGGAGAACGACCCAGAAGGCAGGGCCCGGCUUUGUCUCCCGCAUAUUCAGCAUCGUUGCUAGACUACUGACCUGGUACUCGAUCUUCACUGUGCUGUUCCGCUGUCCUUCAACGAUUGACCAAUGUACCGAAACGAGCCCCCGCAUCUGCAAGCCAUACUUCCAGAUAAAACACGCCGUCUCUCCCCACGUCGAGCCAUACUACGAUGCCUACGCCGCUCCUUACGUCGAGCUGGCCCGCCCCUACUACAACACUGUUGAUCAGAAGGUUUUGUCGCCUACAUGGGCGUAUGCCACCAAGUAUGGCGCGCCUCGCGUCGCACAGGCCCAGGCCUUUGGACAAGCACAGUGGGAGAAGAGUGUCCAGCCUCAGCUAGCCAAGUACCAGGCCUUGGCCAAGGCGCAGUACGAACAGAACCUCGGUCCACAUGUCGACCAGCUGUCCUCUGCUGUCGGACCGUAUUACGACAUUGCUCGGACCAACGCCCUUCAGACCUAUCAUGAAUUGCUCUUGCCAAGCUACCAGUUUGUCGAGCCAUAUGUACACCAGGGCUAUAAUGUCGCGUCGGCUUUCACCACCGACACAGCUCUCCCCUCCGCCGCAUGGGCGUGGAACAAGACGUAUCUGUUUCUGAAUGGUACAGUCUGGCCGCAACUCCGCAUUGUCUAUGUAGAAAACGUAGAGCCCCAAUUGGUCAAGAUAGGCCAAAGGCUGGGCCGGUACAGUGGUAGCAACGGGCAAAAGACAAUAGUGGAGAGCCUUUCAAGCACCGCUAGCAAAUCCGCCUCGUCUUUCACCAAGCCCAGCGCCUCGACUUCCUCCUCACUUCCUGCUUCAAGCGAUGCCAUCACAUCCGCCACCCAAGUCACGUCGUCCGAGGCCGCCCCUCCGAGCUCGGGCGCCCCCGAACAGACUCCCGAUUCUACUAGGUCCCGAGUUGGCGGCGAGCCGGUCGUCGCCCCCGAACCAGGCGAGGGAGAGGAAUCAGAUAUGCGUCGGACGACUCGGGAGGCCGUGGCAGAAGACCUCAAGGCCUGGCAGGCGAAAUACGCCAAGGCUGCCGAUGAGGGCGCUGCCGAGAUUGAGGAACGAGUGGAUGAGAUCGCAAAGCGCAUGGUGCAGCGACACGCCAAGACCAUGGGCAAGUCUGUCAUAGAUGACCUACAGCAAUCUGUCGUCUCGGAACUGGUGACGUUGCGACGAGACAUCAGAAACAUUGUGGGUGCUGUCAUCAAGGGCUCAGCCACUCCCCAGGAGGCCCAGGAACAAGUCACAACCGUUGUGCGUCGUGCUGGCUCAGAGGUCAAGGGCAAAGCUCAAGAGGUACGAACUUGGCGCGAGAACUACGAGGCUGAGCUACAAGCAGCCAUCACCAAAGCCGCAGAGAACCAUUUCAAAAUCCUCGGUUCCAUUCGAGAUCUGGCCCUGCAGAAGAUUGGCAUGAAGUGGGCCUGGAUGGACGGCAUUACCUACAAAGACUGGGCUAAGUACCACGAGCUUCGCGGUCGCUUUGAUGAGUGGGAGGUCGAUCUCAAAAACCUGAUCGUUACGCACCCCAGCCUCCUGGCUGCACAAGCAGAGGGCCAAGUCAUAGAAGAUAGGGGCAUGGAGCUUGCUCAAUCUGCAGCUCAGGAGCUUGGCCGCUUAAAGCAAGUUGCCGGUUGGAAGAUUGCUGCCAAGGAUGAUUCAGACGAGUUUGAAAGUGAAGCAACUCGCUUAGCUGCUGAGGCUGUCGAGAGUGUGGAGGAGGCAGGCGAGACCAUCUCCUCGUCCGUGGCGGAGGAAGCUGUAUCUGCCACAGAAGCGGCAAGCGAGGCAGCGGAAACCAUCCUGCCGUCCGAAGCCGCCGAGGCUCCAGCCUCAAUCGAAGAAUCGCUCGUCAGUAGUAUUUCUGAGGCUUCUUCUAGUGUUGCGGAUGCCUCUCCGGUUUCAAGUAUUGAGAGCAUAGCUUCCCAAGCAGCAUCGAGGCUCAGCAGUGCGUCCGAUUCGGCUGCCAGCAUGGUGAAAGAAGCGUCAUCUUCUCUCCUCCCCGAUUCUAGCUCCCAGGACGGCGUGCCUCCCAAUAGCGAAGUGUCUCCCACGGCCACUGAUCUUGCUGCGGAGGCAUCCACCAUUGUUCUGGACGAAACACCAGUUGUGGCUGGAAAUACAACUGAAUUUACUGAAGCAGCCGGGCCCGGCCCGGCUCAUAUGCCUGUGGAUGAGGUUGCCGCACCUGCGGACUCUGAGAUCUCAUCCCUCUCGAUUCCCCCGGCGUCAUCCGCUACAGCCUCCGUCAAAUCGGCCUUCCUCGGCGCUGCUGCGCAGUCUGUCCCAAGCCGGAAGCCGAUCCUAGAUGAUGACACUUUUGAUUCGGCGAACAGCAUCAUUGAGUCGCUGCGCUCAGACCUGCCCUCCACAAUCGCAGCAGCUGCAUCUUCUGCCUAUGCCGCGGCGGUAUCGAAUGCUGCCGAGCAGUACUCUCAAGCGCUCUCCGCCGUAUCAGUCCAGAUUUCAGGCACACCCAAGCCUGCCCAUGAGGAGAUGCUGUCUUCACUGUCGUCUGCCUACAGUCAGGCUGUUGAGACAGCCAGCGCUCAUCUCGACGGCGCCCUAAAAUAUGCAAGCGAGGGCGUCUUUGGGACGACUACCAAAGAGUAUCCAAGCAUACCCACGUUAGUGGACUGGGCUCGUGUAGAGUCUAUCGCCUCGGAGAGGCUUAACGAUGGCCGGGCUUGGGCCGAGCAGCAAUACGAAAGCGCCAAGAUUGCUGUUGGUCUCGCCACCCCAACGCCGAGCGAUUUCUCCGGGUCAGUUUCGUCGAUUGCUUCCGCAGCUGGCGAAUCCGUGGCUUAUGCUACGGCUGCUGUCGGCGAGAACGCGGAGAAGAUCCUGGAGAACGCACGACAUAACUACUAUGCUGGGCUUGGCGUCGCCCACGAGAGAUACUCCCAGUUCCUUGCCGCUGCUUCUAGCGCUUUUAGCUCUCUGACGGCCACACCAACUCCCACCGACUUUGCUGGAACCGCGUCUUCUAUAGCCUCUGUUGCGAGUGAAUCCGCAUCCUCAGCCGCGUCCGUUGCUGGUGAGAAUCUUGCCGCAGCUAAAGAUUCCGCGUCAUCGGUCGCCGCUGUGGUGGGUGAUACAGUUGCUUCCGCCGCUGCUGCUGGUUAUGACAGCGCUGCAUCGGCUGCAUCCGUUGCAGGAGACACGGUGAGCGCUGCCGCGGCUGCAGGUUACGAUGGAGCAGCCGCCGGAUAUGAGAGUGUGGUCUCUGCUGCUGGAGCCGCCGGAGACUAUGUGCAAGGAAGCUGGGACUCGCUGCUCGAUCAACUCAGUGUUCAGGUCUAUGGUGCACCAACCCCGACACCAUGGUACGAGAGCUUCUACAGCGCUGCUGGAGAAUAUGCGGCCGCUGCCACAUCAGCAUUCGGUGAUAAUGCCGAGACCGUCACCAGCGCUGCCGGUACAUAUGCUUCUGCGGCAUCGGACGAGGCAUCAAAGCAAUACGAUGCUGUCAGCAGUAUCGUCUCCGAGCUUUUGUUAGGAAAGGAGCCUACGUUCUCGGAGAGCGUUUAUUCGAGACUGAGUGAGGCCUAUUCUACCGCACUUGCUUCCGCCAGCAGUGUCGCUACUGCGGCAUCAUCAAGCGCGGCAUCUGUUGCCGACAACGUUGGAAAUGCGGCGUCACAAGCAACCAAAGCUGUCAAGGAAACCGUAGAUCAUUUGCGAGACGAGUUGUAA